AUGGGAGACGGAGCUUUAAUCGUAGCGGUAGCGAUUAAAGGGAACAACAGCAAAACCAAAGGCGUUGUUCGAUGGGCACUUCAACAAUUCGCUUCUCAAGAACAUGUCGUCUUCAAGCUCUUACAUGUCCAACCAAGAGACUCGCAUUCGGUUUCGUCCACAAGAUCCAAUUCGAACACUACAACGGUUUACAAGAAAGAUGUUGAUAGGAAAACCAGAGAGAUGCUUAUUCCAAGCAGAGACAUGUUUGCUCAUAGAGAGGUUGAAUUGGAUAUAAUGGUACUCGAAUCAGACGAUGUAGCUGAUGCAAUCUCUAAAGCUGUUCAAGAUCAUGGAAUCAGUGAGCUAGUUAUUGGAGCUUCCUCUUCUAUUAUCUUCUCAUGGAAGUUGAAGAGAAGCAACUUGUCUUCAAGAAUUACAGAUGUAACACCAAGAUUUUGCACGGUUCACGUAAUCUCUAAAGGAAAGCUUCUCAACGUUCGUAAAUCCGAUGUAGACAUUGAAACAAGCAUUGCAGAUGAGAGAAGCGAAAGCCAGUUCUCUUCAAGUAGCCAUUCAGGGUCAGUAAAUUCGACGUCGAGUCAUCAGUUCUCAUCUGCGCCUUUACUCUUUCAAAGAAUCCAAGCGCUUUCAACGGUUAACCAAAAGGUCGGCACUAAGAUGGGAACAAAGAAAGAUAUUGAUACACACCAUAACAGAGCCGCGUCUCUAGAUGUUGAUGAUACAAAGAUGCUUAACCAAAAGGGCUUUUACCGAACAAACAGCUCCGGAAUCGGGUAUGGAGGAGGAAGUGAGAUCCACAGCAGGAGAAGCUCUCUUACCGAUGAGGGCUCAAGCUCAAGUUGCUACAGCGACCCUACUUCAUCUAGCAGUCAGGUGAAUAAAGACUUUGAGCUAGAGAAGCUGAAGAUUGAGCUCCGUCACAUUAAAGGAAUGUAUGCAGUAGCUCAAAGCGAAGUCAUGGAUGCUUCUAAAAAGAUGCAAGAUUUGAACCAGCGUCGGUCAGAGGAAGCGACGAGGCUCAAGAACUUAACGAUAAGAGAAGAGGACGCGGAAGAAGUGGUGGAAAUGGAGAGGGAGAGGCAAGAGGAGGCGGAGAACGAAGCAGAGCUCGUGAGAGAAUGCGUUGAGAGAGAGAUUGAAGACAGACUUGAGGCGGAAGCAAGAGCGGAAGAUGUUAGAAAAGAGAAGCAGAGGCUAGAGGAUGCUCUUGAAGGAGGACCGCUUCAACGUCAACAAUACAUGAAGUUUGAGUGGGAAGAGAUCGUUGAAGCCACGUCAUCGUUCUCUGACGAGCUUAAAAUCGGAAUGGGCGGUUACGGAAGUGUCUAUCGGUGUAACUUGCAUCACACGACUGUAGCUGUCAAGGUUCUUCAUUCAGACAAGAGUAGCUUAACCAAACAGUUUCACCAAGAGCUUGAGAUUCUUAGCAAGAUUCGUCACCCACACUUGCUUCUCCUCCUAGGCGCGUGUCCAGAACGCGGCAGCUUAAUCUACGAGUACAUGCACAACGGAAGCCUCGAGGAAAGACUCAUGAAGCGCCGACCAAACGCUGACGCACCGCAACCGCCGUUACGGUGGUUCGAGCGGUUCCGAAUCGCUUGGGAGAUCGCUUCAGCUCUUUACUUUCUCCACACAAACGAACCAAGACCAAUCGUCCACCGCGACCUUAAACCGGCUAAUAUACUCCUAGACCGGAACAAUGUGAGCAAAAUCGGAGACGUAGGACUGUCCAAAAUGGUUAAUCUCGAUCCUUCUCAUGCCUCAACUGUUUUCAACGAGACCGGUCCGGUAGGAACGUUCUUCUACAUCGAUCCCGAGUACCAAAGAACCGGUGUGGUCACUCCAGAAUCUGAUAUCUACGCAUUUGGAAUCAUACUUCUUCAGCUAGUUACGGCUAGAUCGGCGAUGGGAUUGGCUCAUUCGGUAGAGAAAGCGUUGAGAGAUCAAACCGGAAAAUUCACAGAGAUUUUGGAUAAGACUGCUGGAGAUUGGCCGGUUAAGGAAGCGAAGGAGAUGGUUAUGUUAGGGCUGAGAUGUUCGGAGAUGAGAAAGCGUGAACGUCCCGAUUUAGGGAAAGAAAUUCUACCGAUUCUUGAACGGUUAAAAGAAGUUGCUUAUAACGCAAGAAACAUGUUUGCUGAAACCCUAAACGACCGUCACCACCACGCUCCGAGCCAUUUCUACUGUCCAAUAACUAAGGAUGUGAUGGAGAAUCCAUGUGUUGCUGCGGACGGAUAUACAUACGAAAAAAGAGCUAUUAAGGAAUGGCUUCAGAAGAAUCAUAAAUCUCCAGUAACGGAUUUGCCUUUCCCUAAUGAUUCUCUUCUUCCUAAUCAUUCUCUUCUUUCUGCUAUUAAAGAAUGGAGAUCACAUCUAAUUAAGUAG